ACAUCCGCUAUUCGGUGUGAUGUCACUCUUCCUCAAAAGUCUACUCCAGAUUGCAAGACCGUUAGAAAAGCUGCCCUUGCUGAAAACAAGAAGACGUGGACUUUAAAACAUGAUCCAGAUGUGUAUGGCUUCGCUCGUUUGAACAUGACCCCAACGCAGCUCGCCGCUAUUGUUUUUAAGGACUCUUUUACUAGAUACUACACUACAGCAUACACUCAGACCCUGGAGACAAAUGAGAAAGGUUUGACACAGUAUAUCAAACAGACCUUUGGGCAGCCAAUCGAUGACUUGUCAGAAUAUCUCGCGAUGUCUGAGUUUUUCCAGACCGUACUGGAGCCUCUUGUGGGGGUAAGUUAACUGUGUUCAUGUUUUCUUUGGCUAUCCAUUAUUUUCUUUCCCUGGAAGGGGAGGGGGAGGGGUGAGCCGCUGAGUGUUUAAAACCCUGACCCUGUUUAGGACAAGAAAAUCCCAAAAUACGUAUCCUGUUUAGGACAAACGACAAAAUGAACGCCGUCUUGUUUUAGUCAUUUAUUGGCAAUUGCAAUUAAGAAAAGUCAUGUUAUAGUCAUUGCUUUUGAAGACUUGGAGUACAAACAAAUUUCAUCAAACACUAUCAACUCGAUCGUGCAGGCAAUACUCUGUUCCUGUUUAUAAUUAGGAUAGACUGUAACUGGUAUCCGGAUAGGGGUAGGUGGGCAGUUUUCCAGAAACGUAUAAUGAUCUGACUGUCUUGGAUUGCCUUACAUGGGGUGACUUAAUUAUAUAUGGAGAUACGAUCUGAUCACGGGUGAAGAAAAUAAAAGGUCAAGCAACCUCUAUUUACCUAUAUGUCGUUACAGGAAUACGCCACGCUAGCUUCAAGGCACGAAGCUUUUAUUAACGACAAGACAAAAUGGAUAAGCGACAAAUACUUCACCCAGCAACGCCUUGCUGGGACUAACCCAAUGUCACUCCAACGCGUGACAGUUCACGAACGAGGUAAGGCUGGCGGGAAAUGCUUAGUACCGGCGGCGGGGGGAGGGGGGAGUGGAGUGGAGUGGAGUGGAUAGGGUGGUGAUCAAAAACGUUUAAUACGGGGGGGCACUGUCCCGAGGUUCAACCCCUUACCCUUUUAUAUUCCAUUUUUGACAGAAAAGGUACCCCUUUUGUUGGUAACUUCUUUAAAAAAUCUAAUUUAGAGCUCCGCAUACCUUUUAAGUGUUGUGAAUGCUCCGUUUUUAAACUAUGAAUAAAUCCCAAAACCAUGACGUUUUGUCGAUCUUUUCAAGGCCAUAAAACGCAUAUGUUAGCCCAUUUUUACAGAAAGAAAUGACAGAUUUCCCUACCCUUUUAUAUACUUCAAUGAGUGAAAUCCCUACCCUUUCUUAUACCUGAAGCCUGAAGAGGGUACCCCUUUCGGGCGGAGCCUCGCCGUUUAGGCCAUUAUAGGUAGCCCCCCACCCCCUCCCCCAAGUGCUUAGUUUAUAAAAGUAUUUCAGUUGAAGUAAUAUUUGUCAGCAAAUCUUAUUAAGUUCAAUCAAUGCCCUGUCCAAAACUUUUGAACAUGAAUGGAUCAAAGAAUUCUAAAUUCUCUACCGUAUUAGAAUAAUUAAAAUCCUUGUUUCUCUCAAGAAGGUCACAUGCACAGUCUUUGAAAUAUGAAUAAAUGACAAAACCAGAAUGUUUUUCUCGACUUUUUCACAGCCAUAAAGACUCAUUAAACGCAUGUGUUAGCCUUUUGGAGCCUUUUUAUUGAUUUAUUUUAUUAAUAUUGAAUCGCGUUUGUUUGAGUGAAGACAAAAAAAAACUUUGAAAAAUAUAGUUUUUAAGGGAUGUGCUUUUAGCUUGGUCACGUUUUUCAGCAAACUUUACACAUAACUGUUCCAUUCUGGGGCCAAUAGAAAACCCAGUCAACUUAUGGCGAACACAAAAAUCUGCUCAAAUUUUUCUUUUAGGUCUAUCCUAUUAGGGAUUGGAGCUUUAGCAACGACGACGGCGACGGCAACGAGAACGUCAAAAAAAGAAAUUGUAGUUAUUUAAGUAAAACAACAACGUUUUACGCGCAUCACACUUUUUUGUACAUUUCUUUGUCGUCGCUGCAAGACUACGACUUGAAAGUGCUUAAUUUGAACCUUUUAAUUUUUGUUUCUUUUCCUAAACUUGGCUGCGUUCCCAAGAAAUCAACUCCUGGAAAAUUCUCCUACAUUUGACAUUUUCAGCGAAUUGGAAUAAAUGCAAGAAAUUUUGAAAAAACGUGAAUUCAUUUUACAAGUGACGUUUAUUGCUGCCGUCGCCGUCGUUUAUGGUAAAGCUACAUAUUGACUCUAGAAAUCGUAACCUGGCUGGUAAAUUCAGGGCUGCUGCCGAGGAGUAUCAUGCAUUAAAACGAGUUGUUUGCUGUAAACAUAAGACUUUUAGCUUGCGUUGAUGGGAGAGUGUGUUUGGGGCAUAUUUUUUCUUAAUCAUCAAGUCCCUUCCUUAACAAAGGAUGAUUCGUUUUAGUGUCAUAGAGAUUAUUAGACUAGUGUACCUAAUAGGUAAAAGUGUGCUGCCUCUGUGUCAAUUUUUAUCGCCAGAUUAAGUUUGCAAUCUCGCGGUCAGCUAGCACGCGCAAUUGGAAUACCUCAUGGUCUUCAUGUACAGCGUUUGUGAUGCAGUUUGUUAGCCAAGUGGUUUAGACGUUUUACUCUGGUUUAUUUCAAACUUAUCUUCUAAAAUUAUUGUAAAAUUAUAAUUUGAUAAACUGACCACGGUUGUAGAAGAUAAUUAAAAGGAAUUUAUAAAAAACAGGAUGUUAAAAGAAUUUAGCAGACGUAAGCAUGAAGGUAACCACUAGCCGUGUGAAGAAAUCUUGGCUACUAUAACUUUGCUACUAUAUAUACCGUGAAAGAGAAAUUCAUUACAGACAAAUUAACAAUAAUAAUAAUAAUAAUAAUAAUAAUAAUAAUAACAUUUAUUUAUACCGCGCAAAUUCAACUAUACAGUUUUUAAAUGCGCCUUACAAUUAAUAAUUACACGAAUGAAUAAUUAUCUAGUCUAUAAAUUACAACAUUAUAUCGGAAAGGCUUUUUCAAAAAGGUGAGUCCUCAAAUUGCGCUUAAAAACUUCAAAAUCUGAGGUGCAUCUAAGAUCUAACGGAAGAUUAUUCCACAGUUUUGGUGUGGCGGCUACAAAGGCAAGGUCACCAAGAGUAGGGAGAGUCCUGAAGUUUGGAUAUGAAAGCAAAUAUUUGUUAUUUGAUCUGAGGCUGCAGGAAGAAUUAGGUUUAAAGUUUACGAGAGAUGAUAAAUAAUUAGGAGCUGUUCCAUGGAUUGCUUUGUGAGUGAUUAUAAUAAUCUUAAAUUCUAUUCUAAACGUAUACAGGCAGCCAGUGUAAUUCGUAUAAUAUUGGUGUAAUAUGGUAAUACCGUGGUGCUAGAUAUAGAACUCUUGGAGCUGCGUUUUGAACACGCUGCAGUUUAGUGAGGGCGCAGUGGGGUUGUCCGGAUAAAAGCGAAUUACAAUAGUCCAAUCUGCUUGUGAUGAAAGCGUGGAUUAAUUUCUCGGCAAAUUCUAUGCUUAAAUAUUUUCUGAGCGUCAUCACUCAGACGCCUAUGACACUCUCUAACUUAUGGUCGUAGUAAUGUUUGUUUUUUUCAAAUGCUCCAGGCUUAGAGCAAUUGCAGCUUUUGCCCUUAUACAUGAGCAAUGCCCUCUUGCGUCUUAAUAUCUAUUAAGUACACUUGAGCACUUAAAUUUGUUAGACUAGAAGACUCAUUAUCAAACGUUUGCAAGAGCAAAAGUCACGAAUAUGUCUACACCAAGAGAGGAUAAAGGGGACAGAGAAGGCAUCCCCCAUACACACCCUAUUCCAUAGGUGAUUCGUCUCGAGUUAUUUUAAGACCACAGAUCCCGAGGGGGAUUAGACAACAGCCAAUCACAUAGCGCGAAUGUGUUCCGCGUGGAUGACACACGCUUAGAGCCACGUGUCCUUCACGAAUUGACGCUGAAAAAGAUAGCGGAAGACGCGGAGAGCGAUAUUGCUUUUGUCAACGAAAACGACUAAAGCGAGAUUUCUGCUAAAGCUAUAUCAGCGAAACGGAAAUUAAAAAAAGAAUCGCCCUUCAUGUCUUGUAUAGGGCUAACAGUACAGCAGGGAAAUCCUUAACACACUGAAUAUUCUCUCAGGAUCAUUUACAAUUUACAGUUUGAGGAAAGCAAUUUCUGGUUUGAUAUUUAUUCUUUUAUUCAACAAAAAUAACACUUGGCGUCCUACUUGCUUUAUUGUACAAAUGACCGGUUUCAAUAGACCGGCGAAAUUUCUCAUUUUAUUAAAGCAAAGAGGUUAUGACAAAUUUGAGUUAAACUGAUUUCACGGGUUGUCAAAGAGUCCAGCGAUUCCCUUUUCCCAGGUGAGCGCCGACUCAUUUCGCUUCAAUAUUCAGAAAUGCACUCGAUCUGUUUACGCUUUCAUUGCCUUUCGCCCGACAUGUUUUGCACGGCGUUUAGUCAUGCAAAACCUCCACGAAACAUCCACGCAGCGUGCGAGGUAACUUUAUAUCGGUUCUAAAAAUAACUCGAGACGAAUUACCUAUGGAAUAGGGUGUGUAUGGGGGAUGCCUUCUCUGCCCCCUUUAUCCUCUCUCUCUUGGUCUACACUUAAGAAGUCACUGUGUUAAAACUCUACUGAACAAAGCUGAACUGAACUCAACAAGUCAUCGCAGUUGCGAAUAUAAUUACUAUAUAUCAUUCUUUAUUUUUUCAUAUCAUUCCAAGUUCCUGCAGUAGGUUUGGAUUGGAGCAAACUGAAGGAAACGCUAAACCCUAACUUUGACUGGGAUGCCGCUGUACAAGCUGUUCUUUCAAGACGUUACACUUUGAAAAAGGUAUGAGGUCUCCUCAACAGUCUGUUCAUAUAUAGUUAGUCCACAGAUCGAUAGUUAAUAGAUUGGAAUGGUUAUGAGUUCCGUCAGAGUUUGUUAAUGUUUUAGAGGAUAUGGUACAGUAGCGACGCUUAAUUACUAGCCGCUGUUCGGAAAAUGAACCCGCGCUCCUCCCACGAACAGGGGAGGACCGAGAGAGCGGCGAAAAUCUAGCCUAACGUGGAGGUGCAAAAAGUUUAAUAGCAAUCCUAUUACUUUUAUCUUACUGACAAAUAAAAAACGUCACAUUGGUAUACUCCGUCAUAAUCAGUUGUGCACAGAAGGCAAACGAUUUUAAUCCUUUAAUCCCUUGUACUUAAGAGUACCAUUAUGACAGAUUUCCCGAAAAUUACGGCUGGCUGAAAGCAUCGAUGUUUUUUACAUUUAAUGACUGUGAAGCAAAACAAUCAAUUCGUGGCAAUUAAAAGCAGCGGGGGAAGAUGGUGAAUGCCAACUGGCGUUUGGGUGCGAUGGAUCAAACGAGGGAUUUAUUGGAAAGAAGGCUAAAGCCAGUUUGACUUCUGGUGGUAACGGUGUGCAACGGAGCUUUUUAUUUACUUGAUAUCUUGCUUACAAUAGGAUUAACCACUCUUAAAAGAGAAAACCACUUGAUAUUUUUUAUUAUAUAUUAUCAUUUAUUAUAUAAACUGCAGUGUUUUACAAGGAUUUCUACCUCAUAGAAAUGUGGUAUCUGAACACACGUAAAAAUACGAUAUUUUUACAUGUGAAGAUAUCGAUAAUUUCACUGACAUCAGGUUUGUCUCUUAAAUUGUAGUUAAAUUCGUUGGUGUAUAAUCGAAACAUCUUCGGGUCUUCCUCGAAAUUGCUCGGCAAUCUUCGGAAAUCUUCGGACAUUUUCGGAAAUUCUCGGAAAAUGUUCGGGAACGUUCGUCUGGUCUUCGGGACCAUUUGAAAAAUCUUCGGAAAUCUUCGUAAGGUGGUCGGAAAUCUUCGGAAAAUCAUCAAAAACGCCGUCAUCAGUAUGUUUAUACAAUAAAAAGAAUAUUACACGUUAGCUCGAAGAUAUGAAUUUUAUGUUCUCGUGGCAAGAACAAUAUCUCACGAGUGAGCGCAGCGAACGAGUGAGAUAUUGCUCUUGCCACGAGAACAUAAAAUUCAUAUCUUCUCGCCACCGUGUAAUAUUCUCUAUUUAUUUUGUUUUUCAGGCCGUAGAUCAAGGAAGAAUCUAUGCCCUUCGUUACGAACUGUGCGACGGGUUGGCGAGAUCACCGGAUCUUACAGACAAAGAUCCUCGACGCGAAAUGUGGAACUUUUUCUCUCCUAUAGCUCUGUUCGCAUCUAAGCCUAUUAGCAAGAGAAAAAGCGAACUUCUUCCUGUGGCUAUUCAAAUGGAUUUUACACCUGGUAUAUAUGAUUCAACCUUUUCUCGGUCGACAAAAAUCUACACCAAAAACAAUUGAAACUUGAUUUUACAACCCGUUUAGGUUAAAUACUUCAAUGUAUUAGACAGCGAGUGGUUGCCCUUCUUUUCUCAGAGUCACGUGCAUCGAGUGCAAAAAAGAGGCAAAUUAAUGGUAGAAAGAGGAGAGAUAAGGGCAGAGAGCGGAAAAAGGGUGCUUAGUUUUUCUUCGCAGGGGCAUCCGCCUUAAUUCCUCAGAACUGUUUUUAACAAAGACGCUCCGCCCCAAGUUCGAUUCCAACCCCCUCAAGUUAUUUGGUAGAAUAGUGCCCCUUUCGUAUAUCUUCUAUUGAAAAAUGGUACCCUUCCACAUAACCUGCUUAGAAAUUUGCGUCCCUUUCAACCUUUUGUAAAUACGCUCUCCUUAAGAUAUGAAUAACCUCAAACCAGAACGUUUUCUCGAUUUUUUUUUUUUUUUAGCGCCAUAAAAUGCAUCUACUAGUCUUUUAGGGCCUUUUUACGGACCAAACUGACAUAAUUCCCUACCCUACCCACAAGAGGUAUCCCUUUCUGGCGUAGCCUAACCGUAUAGCCCAUUAAAGGGAGUAAUCCCCCCCCGGUUUAGCAAUCUGUGCCAGCAACGCUGCCUCUCAUUGACAUUAGUGAUAUCAGUGUCAUUGUUCAUGUCCAGAGAUGUCAACUGGUAACCUGGUGUUUGUAAACUUUGCUUAGAUUCAGCAGUUUACACUCCAAAUGACGGAGACAAUUGGAUGAUGGCCAAGCUCAACGUUCAAGUAACUGACAUAGGAUAUGCUCAGAUUGUGGAGCACCUCGGAAGGGUAUGAUCAAUUUUCAACAAGUUACAGUCAAUCUCGUCGCAGCAAAACAUUACAGUCAAACCAGGUCAAGCGUUCCCGUCGCUAACAAACUAAUGAAUUCAUUAAUGGAAAAAUGAUUUCGUUUGUUGAUUCAAUAAUCCAUUCAUAAAAUGAAUAAUCCAACGGUCAAAUUGUACCUCGAUUCAAUAAUCAAAUGUUGAUUUGGUUUAUGAACAAAAUCUACCUGUUCUUUAUUCUUGUCUGUUGUGUUCAAUCGUAUUUGCUUCCCUUUUCCUGCCGUUUACGAUUGCGUUUUUCAUUGCCUUUAAUCAAAAUAACAGCUAAAAUAGACAGACCGCAAACGCAAAGAAACUGACAAAGGGAUCGAAAUCCACCAAUCACCGCACAUACACUGACCUCAGUUUGACCGUCGUGUUUUCUAAGAGGUCAGGCCUUGGUCUGUUGCACUGAUUAUUGGCAGCAAACUGGCGUACAUGUAACAGUUUGUUUGGGUUUGAACUUCAGAACUCGCCAGCACUCGACUCUCAGAAAAAAAAGAGGAAAAAGCAAAAUUCUGAGGUCAACUAGUGGAAAGUGUAAUUUUUCAAAAAACAGUAAUCGAAUCAACAUUCGAUUAUGGAAUCGAGGCUAAAUAUGACUAUUGGAUUGUUCAUUUUAUGAAUGGAUUAUUGAAUCAACAAACGAAAUCAUUUUUCCGGGAAUGAAUUCAUUAGUUCGUUAGCGACGGGAACGCUUGACCUGGUUUGACUGUAAUUGUAUUUCGCAAGAGAUAGUAUGUCAGUAAGUUAGCCAUCCGUGGACACCAAUUUCAUUUUUGCCUUACACGCACGCUUGCAGAUCGAAGAAAACAAGCAUUUCCGAGUACAAAGCUUUUUAAUGUCCAAUUUAUAGUGUCUUAGAGAGUGUUAAAAGGGUGUAUUUUAUGUAUUUAUUUCUUUUUUAGGUCCACUUUAUGAUUGAGCCAUUCUGCGUAAUUCUUAAAAGGACUCUGUCAAAACAACAUCCACUGAACCAAAUCCUCAGGUUUCACUGCAGAGAGCUGACUGUUCCAAAUACGUUUGGAGUUCCCAACCUUGUAAACGAAAACGGACUCACAGACCAACUGUUUGCAUAUGGAAACAAGGGGUCAUUCAGAAUGCUUAAAGACACAUACCCUUUAUCUACUUGGAAAAUAACCGACUACCGAGCCAAUAUUAAGGUACGUCAGUAGAACUCGCCUGUGAAUGAAGCUUUUGCUACAUUUUUUUAUAUAUUUUGCAUAAAGUUCGUAUCAAGAAUUCCCUUUGACUCGAAACUCAAUCUCUAAUCAGCUCUAUCCCUUACAUAUCAUAAUGUAACCCUAACCAGUUUAUUCUAUUAAAAGAUCAACAAAAAUAUUCAGUUGACACACUGUCUGCACGUAACCUGAAGGGAAUGCAGCUGUGGAAAGCUGGUUCUCUAAUAGAUUUCAGAACCCAACAACAGAGAAAAGCUGCUUUAAAAACACACCUAUAAACAGUAGACGAUUCAGUGUAAGAACCGUGACCUGUGCAUUGUAAUUUAAUUGAAAGUUAAUUGGAACAGCCCAACAUAUUUCAUUACUCCACUCUUAUGCUGCGUUCUCAUUAGCCUGCGAAAACACGCCGCUUGGGACGUUUCGCCAGGAGACUAGAGAGAAGUCUGCACCUCAGCGACAGAAAUUCCAUGCUGAUGACGUAAAAUCUGCCUGGAAUCUGGGCAGGAGUUCUGAAACCCCAUGACUAUCAGAUCCUGUGUACAGCCCACCCCUCCCAGAAAAAAUUGGGGAGAUCUCUCUCUCCCCGAUUUUUUUCUGAGGGGAGGGGGGCUGCCGGAUUUAUUACAUUAAUUUACUUCUUCGUCAGUAUGGAAUUUCUGUCUCUGAGACGCAGACAUUCCUUUUGUAUAAAAGCUUAACAAAGCAAACUGUAUUGCAAAGAAAUCUUUAAUUACUCAUUAAGCAAACGGAGAAACUCAUUUGCCUAUCUUAUUUCACUAGAAACGCGGACUCAAUGAUAAAAGACUUCUUCCCUUCUUUCCUUUUCGAGAUGACGGCUAUAAGAUUUUGGAAGUCAUUGAACAGAUGGUGAAGGAUUACGUUACAAUGUAAGCGAGCACUCUGAUGUAAUGGAUAGAAUAAAAUGAAAGGAUAAUCUUUGCCUCAGCUUAGGAGCACUCAAUCGAGCAGUUCACCAUUCUCCUUCCAGUACAAAAGCAGAGAUUUAAUAUGCGUCUUUGUUUAAUUCUCUUUAUUUCAAUCACUGAAGAUAGCAGGCUACUGUUUAGCAGUUGUACUUGGCUUGUCCUCAGUUCUAGACGUAAUUCAUGCAACGCAGACAAGAAGAAAAAUAAAAUUUAAGUGUUCUUAAACACGAAUUAAUCUUGUCUUAAACUUGGGUUUAAUAAGUUUAAGUGGACGUUUAAGUUCCUUAAACCCAAAUUUUAAUUUAACGUAAACCCAGCUUAAAGCAGCUUUAAGGCUAAAGUUUAAGGUAGGUUUAAUCAGCUGUUUAAUUGUGUGAAACGCCUUGUUUUGGUUGCAUUAAAUCAAGCUUAAAUGUUCUUGAAACGUUUAGUUUAAGCAGGAGCGUACUUUUGAAAAAAUGAAAUUAAUCUAUCCCUUUUAAGUCAAUCCCUUUCCCUACACAAUGAAGACAAGCAGUAUUUUCCGCUUUCAACUCACUUUAUUUUAUUUAAUAGAGAUGGUUACAAUUCUUUUUAAAAAAAUACUACAACGAAAUUCAUCGGCCUUUGAAAAUACAAAGAGCACAUAAUUUUAAGAAAACACUAAAACAGAGAUCUAAAUAUAUUUAACACUAAUAACGACAGCAUAAAGAAUUGUAAUUGGUAAAACUACCGUCUCCAAUACAUUUCUUAUGGUUCAAAACUGUUCAUUUCUUCUGGUAGUACCGGACACCUUUACAAGACAAACACCUCGGUAAGACGGACAUCUAGAGUUGGUCCCUGCUUCUCUACUCUCUUUAUUCGACAGACAGCUAGUUAGUAAUGCCAGUCCCAAAGGUGUCUGUCUUAUAGAGAGUUGAUUUUAUAAUUAUAAAAUAAAGUCCAGACAAAAAUGCCUGUUUCUUAUAUUAAAAAGAUAUCUAAAUCCAUUUAAGGAAACACCAACAACAAAAAGCAAAUGCCUCAUAGGUUUGUUUGGUGGGCUAUUAAUGUUUGCCAAAGGGCACAAAACUUAUGAAAUAGCUGAACUGUGGAUUGAGUGCAAAAGAGCUAAAUGUACAUUUAUCAAUAAUGCUACUAAAAAAUUUGUAAACAGCAAAAAACUGACAUAUAAUAUUUACACAAUAUGUAUUAAAUAAUUAUUAUGAGAGCUUGAGAAUUUGGAAAAGUUUAAGUGUAAUCAAUGACUACAUCUUGCAGCUUGUUUUCUACAGUUAACCAAAUAUCAGUUGAACCUUGAUUAAUAUCUCAAACAAACUUUUUGGUUAUCCCAUUCUUCUGAUCCCAGAUUUCUCAAAUGAAUAUUACAAACUCAAGCCUUAUUUUCUUUCUUCAAGUCUCUUUCUCUUUGAAAAUCAAAGUUAGUACUUAUAUAUGUUGUUCAUCAUAUAAGCUACCCUUUUAAGAAAGCCACAAUAGAUGGCAUUUUUGAAAGUCAACCUCGUAGAUAUCAAUUUUUUUUAUCAUCCACACUCCUUUUUUUUCAUUUAAAUAUUUAUUGCCGCCAGUCUUGCUGAGUCUGUAUAAACAAGGUUCCACUCACUGACUUAAAUUUUUAAUAAAUAGCCAUAUUUUACUAAGGACCAGGUUGCUCAAUGCUGGUUUAUGCAAAAUUUGAGUUGAGAUAAGAAAGCCUAUUAUUGAGCAAUGGCCUGUCUCACGGCCCAUGAUGGACCAUCGGGUGCUGGCCUCUUUGAUAUAUCACCUUCAAACCUGGGCUUUGCCAAUGCUUUGGCAUGAGGGGUGAGGCUUCUAUAAUGGGCUCUGUCAAGCUUGCUUUUUAAGUUUGUCAGGGCUGUUCUCUCCUAAGAGAGCUUCUUGGUUAAAAAAAAAAAAACAAACAAAAAAACAAUGAAUCAGUGGUAGUGCAUAGUCACCCCUGGCAACUGACUUUUGCUCCUGAGUGACUAGAGAAUUUCAGUUUUCUAUGGGCACUCUGGAUUAAGCACGGACUCUAGACGGUUGACUCCUAUUUAGGGUUAUGGUUGCUGUUUUAUGAAUGAAAAUCAAACUCUACCUAGUCAGUACUCCAUGGUAGAGUGGUUAGGCUACUAGCUAUAGAUUCUACACCCCAGGAUUGGUUCUCAAUCUUGCCACACUGAUCUUUGUUUUCCUUUUAAAAUUUUGCCCUGAAUUUUUUCCUUAAAAAAUUGAACAGUGGUUGAAGAGACUUACACUUUCAUGGGAAUUUACUGACCACAAAUUUCAAGAGACUUAAUCCCGUAUGAAUAGCAAAUAUAAGUCGGUGUACAGGUCCUGUAUGAAUAGCCGCUGGGUAAAUGGGGGUUCAUGCAAAAAAUUGCAACCACUUUUCAAGGACACAUUAGAUUUUCAAGGACCACCUAUUAGUAAUGGUAACAGGACUGAGUGGAGUCCAAUUUGGUCUGUAAUCAUACGAGUGAUUAUAAAAAUCGGACGACUGCGUAGCGGGAGUCCGAUUUGUUUAAUCACAAGUAUGAUUACAGACCGAAUUGGACGACAAGAAGUUCUGUUACCAAUUAAUCAUAACUUCAACAAAAUUUGUGUCAUAAUAGGCUAUUUUUUAAAUCGAAAGACAAGAAAUUCAAAAUUUUGUUUUGUUAGCAGUGAAAAAAAAGCCAUUUAAGCGCGCGCGUGAUGGCGCGUACUGUCCAAUUACUUAGGCAUGACACGUACUGUCCUAUUAAACUGUCCAAUUAGGGAUGAAAUCAGGGCAGUUGAUAGCCAAUCAGAUUUGACAAUUUUGUUAUAGUUAUGAUUAGGAAUAUAAUUUCACAGAUUCUACGAAAAUGCACAUUCCCAGUCCAUUCUAAUAAGUCUUUAAGGCUUGAACUGUUUGCUUCACCAACUUCUUUACAUUUUUCAGUUCACUUGUCUUAAAUUGAUAGUUAAUUAUUGCAUGAAACAUUGAGCAUUUUGUGUAAAUAACCUUUAAAUCCUUUGAGCUAUGAUUCAUAUUCUGUCUUGGACAACCAAAAAGCAUCAAAAAACACUUUCCAGGACACUACAUUCACAGUUGAAGAAAAUUCAAGGACUUUUCAAGGACUUUCAUAGAAUUUCAAGGAAAAAAUGAAAUUCAAGGACUUUUCAAGACUGUGCGAACCCUGCAAAUUGAAACAGAAGCAUAUAACCAAUAACCCUGUUUAUGGCUUCUGCUUUGAGAUCAACCACAUCAUUGAUCAUUAUCGGUUGCUUCCAACAGCAACUUUCUCCAUCGAUCUCGUUUUAUUCAAUUGUGAAAUAAAUAUAUGUUCUCACUUCUUAAAUACUAAAAUUGGGCGCGAAGGGGAAUACAUUGUGGGUUUGUAGGCUCCUGUGAUGUUUUACAACACAGGCAUGUCGGCGCCUUUGAAGACACGCUAUCACACGGUCAGCUCUAAAACAAUAAGCACAAACUCUGAUCUCUCGUGAUGAGAAGCUUUUCUUAUAACAUCAAAGCAAUAAAAUAAGUACGUAAACCUACCUUUAAAUCCAUAGGAACUUCUACUUUGGAUUCUAUUCUGUACGUUUACGUUUUGAGCCGCGUUUGGUGUUAUUUAGUCUCUCCUGUUUUAAGAGUUCAGUUCGCAACUUGACGUUUUCUUGCUGAAGCGUUGCGUUUUUUUCUUCCAGUUUCUUCUGGCUCGCUAAAAAUGAAUCCAAUCUCCUGUUCGUACUUUCCAUAAGCACAAGCUGUCUUUCUUGAAAAGGACUGCAUGUAGCCAUGAUUCGGUUGUAAAAACCAGGGCAAAAGCUCGCGACCAACACCACAACUUUUCGAAGUGAACUGAUGAAGACGCUGUCAAAACAGUGAUCAAACAUUCCGCGUUUGUAGCUGUGGACAUUUGAUUGGCGUUUUAUUGCUGACGUACCUUGUCUGAUUUGACAUGCGUGGGAGAAUAUUUUUCGCGCAUUCGCGCGCGCGUUCGUUCAAGGAGACGAUCAACAUGAGUUCGCUUGACUCAGACAAUGAAGUUUUUUCUUUCAGUUCAGAAACUCCGGUUUCUGUGUAGGCUGUUAGCAAUAAGUGUGAUACUUGUGGAAAGUCAUUUGCUCAUUCAUCUUCUUACCGACGACAUACCAGAAACCAGUGUGUCCCUCGAUCGCGAAAGCGCCGUCGGAAACUUUGGUCGACGACUGGUGGUGAACAAUUUAGAAGUGUUUUCAGUUUUCGUUUUAAGCUGGCACCAUUUUAAUGUUCAAUUUUUGUGCACCUUAUUCCAAAAUGGCAGAAAGUUUUAAGCCAAAGGCCAAUACAUGUAUGCAUGGAUGGAGAAGGAUAAUUUCUUGUAAGGGAUUGGGGAAAAGAGUGUGUAGCAGACUUAACUAGGCUUAAAAGAGGCUUCAAUGGACUUGGAAUAAAUUCUGGAAAAGAUUUAAUAAUAAUAAAUAAUAAAAGUAUUAUUAUUAAAUUAUCAUUUCAAUAAUUAUGAUUUAAUAUUUUUUUUACCUUUAAAUCAAUAAUAUACGACUUAAUCUGGUAUUAAAUUUUUGGCAUAUCUAAGAAAACUUUAAUUUGUCUUAUAUCUUUCAGUCCGUUUAUAAUUAAUGAUAUAUUUAAGAAGACUUAAAUUUGUCUUAAAUCUUUCAUUCCGUUUAAUGACAUAUUUAAGAAGACUUAAAUGUAAGUAAAUCCUUACAGUGAUUUAGGGAUGUUUAAAGUGACCUAAAUAUAUCUUAAAUAUAAAGCUAGUUUUAAUAUGCAUUUAACUUAAACGUAAACAUGACUUAAAAUAAACUUUGCUUUUAAGUCAUGUUUAAUAUCCUUAAAUCUGACUUAAAACUAUCUUCAAAUUUAAUACUUAUUUAAUGUUGCUUAAACUGGACCUAAAUAAGUUAUUUUGCCCAGUGGCAGUAUUUUAACGGAGCAAUAUCACUGUUUUUUAAUCCCGUGUUGAAGUCAUUUAGUUAGUGCCUCUACCCAUCCAUAACAUGACCUGCAGGGUUAUGAGAAUUUUAUCAGAGAGAACUAAUCAUGACAUUUGCAGGCAAUGGCGUAAAACUGACUGGAGAACGUUGGCCAAAUUUCUUGAAGUUUGAUCCAUGUUCAUCCUAGCGAACCUUAGCUUGAUAGUAAAAGAAGACAGAAGACAGUUUCAGUGCCUAUGAGCCUUAAAUAAUAAUAAAAUUGGGGCAUUAUUUUUGGAAUUUAAGAAACGCAAAGAAACGUUUUAGACAGCAAAUAGCUGUAGACAAAGACCCUGUACUAGCCUCUAACGGGCCACCUUUCAAAUACCAUAUCACUACAUUCUUCCAACGAAUCAUAAAAGGCCACAAUUGUCAAGGAGCAGAAAUUGAAACCCAGUAAAUUAAACAGCCUUAAAGUCGAUGAGGUACACAAAAAGCAACAACCGUGGUCAAGCAAGACAAGACAAUCUUAAAACUCAAAUUGAUAAUAUAUAAUUUUAUAUUAGGUAUUAUGAGGACGACAAAGACGUGAAGGAAGAUACGGAACUUCAAGAUUACGUCAAUGAACUGUCUCUAAACGGAACAGGGCCGAAUGGCGGCAUUGGCAGGGUAAAGACUAUAUAAGAUACAUCAGGGGCAACCAACGACUUUUUUUCCCGUAAAAUAACUGUUCGAAGAAGCAGUUAUUGCCGAGAAAUCUCUUAUGGGUAACUCUUCCAUUCAUAUAUUAAGCUCUAAAACUCCGAAUAUCGGAUUUUCAGGUUUUUUUCCUAACUUAUGCACCGACGAUUUUUGGAAGUUAAGUUUUUCACAUUAUUACUACCAAGUUAUUGACUUUGUAACAGUUAAUAAAAAUGUGCCUGGAAAUUUCAGUGUAUAUAUAGGGACAAAACGUCCUCCAGAAUUUUCUAUACUUUUAAUGAAAAUACAGCUGUUCCAUGUCCUCGAAAUUUAGUUUAGGACCAAUCAGGGUAGCUAACAGUUUCAAAUGAGACGGAAAACCCUGCAAAACUUUACAGACGUUGUCCAAAGUUCCCCUAAGACAUCCAAACAGGUAAGUAGUUUUUUGACCAGCUCCAAAUAACCCAAAAAGGCUUCUAAAGCAAAAAGAAAAUCAUUUUAGACACCUCUGACGCAUUCGGAAACAUUCGGUGGUUUGGUGCCCCUGAUAUAUUCCAAGAAAAGAUGAAAAAAGAAUUAAAGCGUAUUCUCAUACCAAUGAAAAUCAUCGAAGGGAAAUAUUUCAUUCUUCAUUCUGUUCGAGGGCUUUGCAAAACAGCAUGAACGGAGCAUUCUUGGCGAAAAAUCUCGGACACGGAGAAAAACAGUUCAUCAGUCUACCUUAAUGUUUACGCAAGAAUUUUUUCAGCUGCCGCUGUGUAUUAAAUUUUACCGAUCACUGUGUUUCCCAACGUUAAACAAAGGUAUAUGGUGAAACAUGAGAAACCCAACUUUUCAAAAUCUCAGACAUUUAUUUCUUUGCUUGUUCUUUCCCUUAAAAAUCUAAAAUCUUCCUCCUGAUCAGAGCUUGGUUGUACAGCCAGUUCUGCGAAAGCUAAAAGUGGAUGUGGUAUCCUACGCCACCGUUUAAACUAAACUCUGGUUAAAUUCGUCAGCAGAACAGAGCCGAAAUCUUUGUUCUGGGGCCUCACCUGUGUUACCUGAGGGCUUGAGUACGUUCCAUGAUUGGCCUGUUAAAAAAGGCAAUGUCGAAAUACAAAUAAGGUUGAAGGGAAAUUCUAAACUCACUUCCGGUAAUUCGUUGAAUCCGUUGGGAGCCCAGAACAAGGAUAUCGAGGCCGCUUCGCAGACGUUACUAACCGGGAUUAGAUAACGUCUACGACGCAAGCUAGGGGUGUGGCAAAUCAGAGGAAAAACAGUGUGUUAAGGCAAAGAAUUUGGACAUGGGAGAGGGUGAAUUCAGUCAAAAACAUUAGACUGAAAGACUGAGUCUCGGGCAGACAGUGUUGGAGCUGCUUAGAGUAUUCAGUGAUUUAACAGCAAUUCUGUCACUCAACUGAGUGAAGAGCCUACUACUGACAAUUAGAACAUUUCAGACUGCACUAAUAAAGGUAUCCACUUGUGUUCUUGUGUUAUGAUUUUAAACAGAUUCAAGGUUUCCCUAAAAGCAUCGGUAGCAGGAGGGAGCUUUGCGAAAUUCUAAGUCGCUUUCUCUCCCACGUGACGAUAUACCACGCUGCAGUUAAUUACGUAGUAGUUGACUAUGGACAAUACAUUCCAAACCAACCGACCAAGCUUUACAACGACUCCAGGGUAGAAAUGGGAGAAUUUUCAGUUUACCGCCUACCAAACAGGCUGACAACCGCGGUAAGUGGGAUUCUUCUUGCAAAAAAUUGUUAUUUUGAUUCAUUAUUUUAACAUCGAAAGGUGGCUUGACAAAAAACUCACUCUAUUUGAGCAUCAAUGAAUGUAUUUAGCGCGAAAGUACUAUUUGGGGACACUAUUUUCUACGUUUCCAACUGGAGAUGCGACCGCCAUCUUACAUGAUCAUCCCAGGAAUUCAAAGGGAGUACCUUUAAUUUAUUUUUAAGACCCAGAGUAUCGGUCCGGCCCCGGGAAUCGAACCCAUGACCUCCAUUAUGCAGUCAAGCGCUCUACCGACGUAACUAAUCCCGCUGCUGUUAAAAAAACAGAAAGAGCGAAAAAUCUUUGUGUCAAAGUUAUAAUUUGCAUACCUUAAUAGCUGUUAUAGUGACUUCUCGGUAGUUGUAGUUAAUAAAAGUUCAUCACCAAAACCUGUGCUAUCAAAGUUUUGCAUUGAUUCGAAUUUCAUGCUCAGUCCCUUCUUUGGAUCAUCGCCUUCUAUAUUUACUGUAUUCCAGAACAGACCAUGAUGACAUUGUUAGUGCAAGUUUAAAUUAUCAAUGUUUUUGGAAAUUUCAGAUCCAUUCCAGUGCUUUCAAUACGCUUGGAAUAUUCCGCCUCGACCGCUUGUUUGACUACGGCAACUUCCUUGAGGAUACCAACGCUGUCAAUCUUAUUAACCGUUACUAUAGUAAGCUAAUGCAAGUUGUCCAGCCUAAAUUGCAAAGUCUAAACCGGAAAAGGAAGGAUCGCGGAGAUCUGACCUACCCUUAUUUUAUUCCCAAGUGGUUGCCGAACGGAAUUCAGACAUAA